AUGUCCUGUUGUGGCUCCGUCUGCUCUGACCAGGGCUGUGGCCAAGGCUGCUGCCAGACCACCUGCUGCCGCCCCAGCUGCUGUGGUUCCUGCUGCUGCCGCCCCAGCUGCUGCAUUUCUAGCUGCUGCCGCCCCUCCUGCUGUGGCUCCAGCUGCUGUGGCUCCAGCUGCUGUCGUCCUUCCUGUUGCAUCUCCAGCUGCUGCCGCCCCUCCUGCUGUGGUUCUAGCUGCUGUGGCUCCAGCUGCUGCCGCCCCUCUUGCUGUGGUUCUAGCUGCUGUGGCUCUAGCUGCUGCCGCCCCUCCUGCUGUGGUUCUAGCUGCUGUGGCUCCAGCUGCUGCCGCCCCUCUUGCUGUGGUUCUAGCUGCUGUGGCUCCAGCUGCUGUCGCCCCUCCUGUUGCAUCUCCAGCUGCUGCCGCCCCUCUUGCUGUGGCUCCAGCUGCUGUGGCUCCAGCUGCUGCCGGCCCUCCUGCUGCCCCUGCUGCUGCCUCCGCCCAGUCUGUGGCCAGGUCUCCUGCCCCACCAAUUGCUAUCGCCCCACCUGUGUCAUCUCCACCUGCCCCCGCCCCAUGUGCUGUGCCAUCCCUGACUGCUGA